AUACAGGACUGCAUUGGGCAUUCUGACACUGGGGGGGAACUGACUUGAUGUCACUAACAUCCCCAGUGACACCAAUACAGUGAUCAGUGCUAAUAAAAAACACUGACACUGUACUAAUGGCACUGGGCAGGAAGGGGUUAACAUGUGGGGCGAUCAAAGGGUUAACUGUGUGCUGUAUGAGUGCUUUCCACUGGUUAACUGUGUGCUUUCAACUGUAAACACACUGCUUUGUAUGGCUCUGCUAUGCAGAGCCAUACAAAGCAGUGUGCAGGAGCUGACAGGGGAGAGAACUGUAUUGUUUACAUACAGUUCUCUCCCCCGUUGGUAAUGCAA